AUGGGUCUCGCAGACGAUUUCGCCAAGGUGCAGCUACAGGCUGCCGCGGCGACCAAGGACCUGGUGCAGGGCCCCCGGCUCGAGUAUCGCACCGUGACGGGAGUAAGCGGACCCCUGGUCAUCCUGGACAAGGUCAAGUCCGCGCAAUACGCCGAGAUCGUCAACAUUAGGCUCGGCGAUGGAAGCAUGCGCCGCGGACAGGUCCUCGAGGUCGACGGCGAGCGCGCGGUGGUCCAGGUCUUCGAGGGCACCUCGGGCGUGGAUGGCAGAAACACAAAGUUGGAGUUCACCGGCGAGGUGCUCAAGACGCCCGUCUCGGAGGACAUGCUCGGGCGCAUCUUCAACGGAAGCGGGCAACCCAUCGACGGCGGACCGCCCGUCAUGCCCGAGGUGUACCUCGACAUCCAGGGCUCCUCCAUCAACCCUUCCGAGCGCACGUACCCGGAGGAAAUGAUCCAGACGGGCAUCGGCACCAUCGACGUCAUGAACUCAAUCGCUCGCGGGCAGAAGAUACCGCUCUUCUCCGCCGCGGGCUUACCCCACAACGAAAUCGCCGCGCAGAUCUGCAGACAGGCGGGGUUGGUGAAGCAGCCGGACGCGAAAAACGACCUGAUCAAGCUCGACGAACCCGGGAGGGACGACGAGUUUUGCAUCGUCUUCGCGGCGAUGGGCGUGAACCUCGAGACGGCGAAUUUUUUCCGACGCGAUUUCGAGAGCAACGGGUCGCUCGAGAAGGUUGUCCUCUUCCUCAACCUCGCGAACGAUCCGACGAUCGAGCGCAUCAUCACCCCGCGCAUCGCGCUCACCACGGCGGAGUACCUGGCGUACGAGUGCGGCAAGCACGUGCUGGUGAUCUUGACGGACAUGAGCUCCUACGCCGACGCGUUGCGAGAGGUUUCCGCGGCGAGGGAGGAGGUGCCGGGAAGGAGGGGCUACCCGGGCUACAUGUACACGGACCUCGCCACCAUCUACGAGCGCGCGGGACGGAUCGAGGGGAGGAAAGGGUCCAUCACCCAGCUGCCCAUACUGACCAUGCCCAACGACGACAUCACGCACCCGAUUCCCGACCUCACCGGGUACAUCACGGAGGGGCAGAUUUACGUGGACAGGCAGCUGCACAACAGGCAGAUUUACCCGCCAAUCAACGUGCUGCCUUCACUCUCGCGGCUGAUGAAGUCGGCCAUCGGGGAGGGCAUGACGCGCGGGGACCACGGCGAGGUGAGCAACCAGCUGUACGCCAACUACGCCAUAGGGAAGGAUACGCUGGCGAUGAAGGCUGUCGUCGGCGAGGAGGCGCUAAGCGGCGAGGAUCUGCUGUACCUGGAGUUUCUCGACAAGUUUGAGCGCAAGUUCAUCAACCAGGGCAACGAGGGGCGGACGGUGUUCGAGGCGCUGGAUCUGGCGUGGUCGCUGCUUCGGAUCUUCCCUAGGGAGCUGCUGCGGAGGAUCCCGGCGAAGACGCUCGACAAGUACUACGACCGAACCUUCGCGUGA